ACCGCGCGGGACUAAACGCGCUUCCGGGACGCUACCCACCGCGAGGAGUUGGCCGUUCCUCAGCGCCCCGAGCCCCGGAGACUCGCCCUCACUCCGCCAGAGGCCAUCCGCCUGGGCCCGCACAGGAGGAGCGGGGCCUCUGAGGGGAGCGGCGACCCCGCCGGCCCCGGUCUCUUUCCCUGGCGGCGGCGGCGGCUUCUUCCGUAGGACAAUAUGUUCAAGAGAAUGGCCGAAUUUGGGCCUGACUCCGGCGGGAGAGUGAAGGGGGUUACUAUCGUUAAACCAAUAGUUUAUGGUAAUGUUGCUCGGUAUUUUGGAAAGAAAAGAGAAGAGGAUGGGCACACGCAUCAGUGGACAGUGUAUGUAAAACCAUAUAGAAAUGAGGAUAUGUCAGCAUAUGUGAAGAAAAUCCAAUUUAAAUUACAUGAAAGCUAUGGCAAUCCUUUAAGAGUUGUUACUAAACCUCCCUAUGAAAUUACUGAAACAGGAUGGGGUGAAUUUGAAAUAAUCAUCAAAAUAUUUUUCAUUGAUCCUAAUGAGAGACCUGUAACCCUCUAUCAUUUAUUAAAGCUGUUUCAGUCAGACACCAAUGCAAUGCUGGGAAAAAAGACAGUGGUUUCAGAGUUCUAUGAUGAAAUGAUAUUUCAAGACCCAACAGCAAUGAUGCAGCAAUUAUUAACAACAUCUCGCCAGCUAACAUUAGGAGCCUAUAAGCAUGAAACAGAAUUUGCAGAACUUGAAGUGAAAACCAGAGAAAAAUUAGAAGCUGCGAAAAAAAAAACAAGCUUUGAAAUUGCAGAGCUUAAGGAGAGAUUAAAGGCAAGUCGUGAAACUAUAAAUUGUUUAAAAAAUGAAAUCAGGAAACUUGAAGAAGAUGAUCAAACAAAAGACAUAUAAAUAGUUCUAAGAGAACUUGCUAGUAAGCUAAGCUGAAAAUAUGAUGGACUUUAAGGGAGAGAUGGACUGCAAAUGCCAUGGUGUUUCUUAGAGAAACGACACAUGUAGGUGUUGACCACAGAUUUCCCAGCAAUAGGGUCAAAGGAUUUGUACUUUUCAAGCAAUCUUUAAGGUGAAAUAGAUGUGGGUAAUAAGAAUGAAUGCUGGAUAGACAUUUAUCAACCCAUUUUGGGGUAACUCUAAUGAUGUUAAGCACAAUUUAAAAAAAAUUUUUGCAUUGUAUAUAUAGUGUAUCCUUUUGACAGGCAUCACAAUUUCAUAAUAAAGUAUAAGUUGUACAAAUUUUGUACUUUCCUGGUAGAAAUAGAUGGUAAAUUAACAUGUGUAUUUAAUUUUUUAAGUUCUUACCUGUCCCCAUCCUAACUCUUUUGUAUCGGUUGUACCCACUGCCCAAUAAGUACUCAAUAAAUGUAGUUUACAGAU